GUCACGGCCCGGCCAAUCCAGCAAGCGCUUAGCGCGGGGGGCGGGACGUCCCUGGGAACCCGCCGGGCCUGCAGUGCGCCGAGGACACGGCGGCACCAUGUAUCGGUUUCUGAGCCGGAGCCUGGGCCGAGGCCUCCUGCGGGCCACGGGGUGGCGGUGCCGGGGCUGCUCGGCACGCCUGUUCACAGGGUUGGGCGGAGGCCCGUGGCCGGAGGUGCAGGCGCCACCGUCCCGAGUCGCGCCGCACGGCGGAGGCCCGGGCCUGCUGCCGCUGCUGGCAGCGCUCGCCUGGUUCUCGAGGCCUGCUGCGGCAGAGGAGGAGCAGCAGCAGGGGCCGGACGGGGCCGCCGCCGAGGACGAGGCGGACGAGGUCGAGGCCGAGAUCAUCCAGCUGUUGAAGAGAGCCAAGUUGAGCAUCAUGAAAGAUGAGCCAGAAGAGGCUGAGCUAAUUUUGCAUGACGCUCUUCGUCUUGCCUAUCAGAGCGAUAACAAGAAGGCCAUCACUUACACUUAUGAUUUGAUGGCCAACUUAGCAUUUAUACGGGGUCAGCUUGAAAAUGCAGAACAACUUUUUAAAGCAACAAUGAGUUACCUGCUAGGAGGAGGCAUGAAGCAGGAAGACAAUGCAAUAAUUGAAAUCUCCCUAAAGCUGGCCAGUAUCUAUGCUGCUCAGAAUAGACAGGAAUUUGCUCUUGCUGGCUAUGAAUUCUGCAUUUCAACUCUAGAGGAAAAAAUUGAAAGAGAAAAGGAAUUAUCAGAAGACGUUAUGUCAGCGGAAGAGAAAGCCAAUACCCACCUCCUCCUGGGCAUGUGCUUAGAUGCCUGUGCUCGCUACCUUCUGUUCUCCAAGCAGCCAUCACAGGCGCAAAGGAUGUACGAGAAAGCUCUGCAGAUUUCUGAAGAAAUACAAGGAGAAAGACACCCACAGACCAUUGUGUUGAUGAGUGACCUGGCUACUACUCUGGAUGCACAGGGCCACUUUGAUGAGGCCUACAUUUAUAUGCAGAGGGCAUCAGAUCUGGCAAGACAGAUAAAUCAUCCUGAGCUACAUAUGGUGCUCAGCAAUCUAGCUGCAAUUCUGAUGCACAGAGAACGAUAUACACAAGCGAAAGAGAUCUACCAGGAAGCACUGAAGCAAGCACAGCUGAAAAGAGAUGAGAUUUCUGUACAGCACAUCAGGGAAGAGUUGGCUGAGCUGUCAAGAAAAAGUACACCUUUGACUUAAUUUUAUCAAGCUCUAAAUCUAUUCUUGUAGGAAGAAUAAUUUCUAGUAACCCAGGUGAAUAGCUAUUAUCCUAGUCUUUGUGGCACCCAAAUCAAUGGCUGAAAUCCUUCGUUCUUGAUAUUCAGGUUUCCUCCACUUACCCUUGGUGAAGGACAAGUUGCACACACUGCCAUUUCUGUCGUUUAAAGGGAAACAACUUUUUCAGUCCUGAUUGUGACUUUUAUGGACAGCUAUCAAGUGAUACUUUCAACUGCAACGUAUGAUUAGGUGCUGUCCCUGCUGAUCUAAGUAUAAUACAAGAAAGGCUGGUUUUUCUCUGGGGUGUAGGUGGGGUCUUUCAGACUGGCAUUUCUGCUGAUUGGUCCACUGAUUUUGCUGCCCUUGCUGCUCUUACUCUAUCAGUAUCUGGCAGACAGACCAGAGCUACCUGUCUCAUGGUAAAGGGGGAUUAUGGUGAGUUGGUUUUUAUUUAUAAUCUACUUCAUGAACCACAGUAUGAACUUUAAUGCAUAAAGGAAGACAAAUAGUAUCUAAGUUUGCCACCAGCAUCCAGCUGGAGUGUUGAAGUGGGAGUUAGGCAGUUCAAGGGAUAGCACCCAUUUGAUUAGAAAAGAAUCACAUGUAUCUGGUUACGUACAUAAAAAAAGAGAGUCGGAGAAGGAAUGACAUAACGUCUUGCUUAUCAGUGUUACCUGAGCAUUUGACUUCCUUUGCAACCUUGGUCACACAGCUGAGUCAUCUCAAGAACUGUUUAUACAGGCUGCACUCUAGACCUGCUGACUCAGAAUGGGUUAUCUGUAAAUGUAGUCUUUAAAAACACCCAGUGAUUCUGAUGUGUACCACCAGCAUAGUAGAACUGUUGACCUCUGUCCUAGUCAUGGCUUUUUGAGUCAGGACUUAAAUAUCCUCAUCUGUAAAAUGAGAUUCAUUCUUAGCCAUAGGAAAAGGUAUUUGGUCAGAUGACUUUAAAAGACUAGAUUGCUUAUGCUGAUGAAAGAGCUGUAUCACACUGCCUCAAACGCAGGUGGACAGUCUUACCUCAGCAGUCUUAUGAAUGACUAGUUUCUCCAGGUACCAUGAAGGAAUGCUAACGUUGGUAUGCCCAUUGAGUGGGGUGUGAGUGGGACUGAUAUUUUGGUUUCUGUAUACGUACUGGAAGAGUCUUUUCAUAAUAAACGAGAGACCAUAAA